GAAACCAGCCUUUCGCCGGUCACACUCACACAGGAGUCUAGAGAACCUUUCUUGACCAUGCAGGGCUCCAAAGGAAUCGAGAACCCGGCUUUCGUCCCUUCCAGCCCAGACACCCCACGCCGUGCGUCUGUUUCGCCCUCCCAGGUGGAGGUCUCUGCUGUGGCCUCCAGGAAUCAGAAUGGGGGUUCACAGCCUCGGGAAUCUGAAGAGCCCCAGAAGUCAACUGAACCAUCUCCGCGGAAUCUCCCAGCUUCUGAUGAGCCGCCCGGGUCACAGCUAAGCGAGCUUGAGGAGGGACCUUGCGGGUGGAGGGGCUUUCACCCCCAGUGUCUCCAGCGCUGCAACACCCCCCAAGGCUUUCUGCUUCACUACUGUCUCUUAGCCCUAACCCAAGGUAUUGUAGUAAAUGGGCUGGUAAACAUUAGCAUCUCCACCAUUGAGAAGCGUUAUGAAAUGAAAAGCUCACUGACAGGCCUGAUAUCAUCGAGCUACGACAUCUCCUUUUGCGUGUUAUCUCUGUUUGUGUCUUUCUUCGGGGAGAGGGGACACAAACCUCGCUGGCUCGCCUUCGCAUCCUUUAUGAUAGGACUGGGAGCGCUGGUGUUUUCCUUACCACAUUUCUUCAGUGGAAGAUAUGAACUGGGAUCCAUUUUUGAAGAUACGUGCUUAACAAGGAACAGCACCAGAUGUGCAUCUUCAACCUCUCUGCUUUCUAACUACUUCUAUGUUUUUGUCCUGGGACAAUUGUUGCUGGGGACCGGAGGAACUCCGCUCUAUACCCUGGGAACAGCCUUUAUUGAUGAUUCUGUGCCCACACACAAAUCUUCUCUAUAUAUAGGUAUUGGCUAUUCUAUGUCGAUCCUAGGCCCUGCCAUUGGAUAUGUGUUGGGUGGACAGCUGUUGACAAUGUACAUUGAUGUUGCUAUGGGACAAAGUUCUGAUCUGACUGAGGAUGAUCCUCGGUGGUUGGGGGCUUGGUGGAUUGGAUUCCUUUUAGCUUGGCUCUUUGCUUGGUCUUUGAUAAUGCCUUUCUCCUGUUUCCCAAAGCAUUUACCAGGGACAGCAAAAAUUCAAGCUGGCAAAACUUCCCAGACUCAUCAAAAUAAUAGUACUUCCUUUCAACAUACGGAUGAAAAUUUUGGAAAAAGUAUUAAAGAUUUUCCAACUGCUGUAAAGAAUUUGAUGAGGAAUACAGUCUUUAUAUGUUUAGUUCUAUCAACCACUUCUGAAGCAUUAAUUACUACUGGAUUUGCCACAUUUUUACCUAAAUUUAUAGAAAAUCAAUUUGGAUUGACAUCGAGCUUUGCAGCUACUCUUGGAGGGGCUGUUUUAAUUCCUGGAGCUGCUCUUGGUCAAAUCUUAGGUGGUGUUCUUGUUUCAAAAUUCAAAAUGAAGUGUAAAAAUACAAUGAAGUUUGCCUUAUGUACAUCUGGAGUAGCACUUGUGCUGAGUUUUGUAUUUAUUUAUGCAAAAUGUGAAAAUGAGCCAUUUGCUGGUGUGUCUGAAUCAUAUAAUGGAACAGGAGAAAUGGGGAAUUUGACUGCACCUUGUAAUGCCAACUGCAACUGUUUGCGGUCCUACUAUUACCCACUCUGUGGAAGUGAUGGCAUCCAGUAUUUUUCUCCCUGCUUUGCAGGUUGUUUAAACUCAGUUUCAAACAGGAAACCCAAGGUAUAUUAUAAUUGUUCCUGUAUAGAAAGGAAAGUAGAAAUCACGUCCACUGCAGAAAAUACUGAUUUUGAAGCUAAAGCUGGAAAAUGUAGAACUCGGUGUUCAAACUUGCCCAUAUUUCUUGGCAUUUUCUUCAUUACAGUUAUCUUUACCUUUAUGGCAGGCACUCCUAUAACUGUGUCUAUAUUGAGGUGUGUUAAUCACAGACAUCGGUCUCUAGCAUUGGGAGUGCAGUUCAUGCUUCUUCGCUUGUUAGGCACAAUACCUGGGCCAAUUAUAUUUGGUGUCAUAAUAGACAGCACAUGUGUUCUGUGGGAUGUCAAUGAAUGUGGAAUAAAAGGAGCAUGUUGGAUUUAUGAUAACAUCAAGAUGGCACAUAUGCUGGUAGCUAUAAGUGUUACUUGUAAAGUUAUCACCAUAUUCUUCAAUGGACUUGCGAUUGUUCUCUAUAAACCACCGCCCCCAGGAACAGAGGUAUCAUUUCAAAGUCAGAAUGUCAUUGUGUCUACUAUUUCAGUGGAAGAGGAUCAAAACAAAGCAGAAACUGAGGGGUGAAAAAGAGGAGGAGAUUGUUUGAAAAACUGGCUCCUGCCUGUAAGAAAUACUGUGCCAAGGCAUCAUUGUCUAGUUUGUAUAGAUAAUGGUGUAACGCCCAUGUUCCAGAACUGAGGUGAUCAUUGCCUAUGUACAGAUUCCUAUUUUUGUUAAAACAAACAACAACAACAAAAAGCAAAACAGAACAACAACAACAAAAAAACUCCACCAACUCAAAACAUAAAGAUACAUGCCUCUAAAGUUCACCAAAAGCCUCAAUCCACUCAGAUUCUUUCCACUGUCAACCUAUGAAAACACCAAGGAAUAAUAAGAAUAAUUGCCAACAACACAUAGUUUAAACUUUAUACUUCUAAAUACAGGUAUGCACACACACAUAUUAAAACUUCGGAUUUAUUUCUUUUGUUUUCUGUAAGAUAGGGCCUCACAUAACCCAAAAGCUCAGGAACUCAGGUAGCUAAAGAUGACCUGUGACAUCUGAUUCUCCCGGAGUUACAUCUCAUGUACUGAUGUUACAAGUCUGUGUUACCACCAUUGGCUCACUCUGUCAUAUUUUAAUUCUUUCAUUGUUGAUUGUUUGAGCUUAUUUGAAAUGUUUACAGCACAAAAAUUUAAGCUAAGGAAAUUUAUGUGAUGCUUUUGGGGACUAGUUGUUUAAAACUCACUUUACAGAGUAGGUUUUAUAUCUCCUUCUGAUCAUAUAUUUUCACAGUAAAUUACUUAACUGGUAGAAUGUAGGGUAGUUAUCUUUUUUGUGUCCCACUACCCUACAGUCUCAGAAAUCUCAGCAUGAACUACACAUUUUCAAUUUAGAAUAAGAAUUCUAGGAGGCAAUUUGUUAAUGCUACUGACUUUUAACACUAAAACUUAUGGCUGUGAUAGUAUUGUUCAAUUGCCUAUUUUCAGAGAAAAGAACCAGCUUCAAUGACGAAAAGUGCCAAGUAGACAUGACAAGAUGUCAUAAUGCACUAUUGACAAAUGUUUGUUUAUCAAGUACUUUAAAUUUUAUUUUACAUACUAAUCACCUAGCCCAUUAAUUAUAGUAACAUAAGACAAGUUUCAUUUAAUAGGCAUUAUGUAUUGUUAUGUAGUGAAAGUUUAAAUUCAAUGAUGCAGUUACUUGAAGCUUAAGUAUUUCAUACACCUUACAUCACAGUAACUAAACUCCAUCUGUGUAGGCUCCUGACAAAUUUACUUUCCUGAAAGCAUUGGUCAUUGAGCAUCAAC